UAUAAUAAUUAUUUUCAUAUGACAAGUAUUUCAAUAACAUUUUGAUAAAAGUCUUUUUGGUGACAAUUAAAGAUAUAUCACUAUUUAAAAUAUAUUAUAAAUAUUUUUAUAAUAAUCUCCUUUCCAUUCAUUGUCUGUCGGAGUGAACAGUAGUCACAACAGCAAGCAAUGGACGAGAAGAAGCAAUCGAUUGACUCGAUUGACAACAACAAUGAGGAUCAGUUGGAAGUGCCGAAGAAGGGACGGUAUCCCCGAUCCGUGGCAUUCAUCAUCGGAAAUGAAUUUUGUGAACGAUUCUCGUAUUAUGGCGCUAAAGCAAUUCUGGUCAUAUUUUUCACGCAAAUCCUGCGAUAUAAUGACGACGAGGCCACUGAGUACUACCACAUCUUCGCGAUGGCCUGUUAUUUCACGCCAGUUAUCGGUGCUAUCAUUGCUGACUCAUUGCUCGGAAAAUUUAGAACUAUAUUUUACAUAUCAAUACUGUAUGCCAUCGGAAAUAUAGUGCUAUCGUAUGCCUCAUUCGAAGAGGAAAGAUGGAUCACAUGGAUUGGCUUAGUAUGCAUAGCACUGGGCACCGGUGGAAUAAAACCCUGUGUGUCGGCGUUUGGUGGCGACCAGUUUGGGCCCGGGAUGGAGAAGCAGUUGCAGAAGUUCUUCUCGUUGUUCUACAUCUCCAUAAACGCCGGCAGUCUUUUGUCCACUUUUAUAACGCCUAUCCUUCGAGAGGACGUCCAGUGUUUCGACCAAACGUCGUGUUAUCCGUUGGCUUUCGGAGUGCCGGCUGUCCUCAUGUGUGUGGCGCUCGCGCUCUUCGUUUUGGGCCGGUUUCUCACCAAUUAUGUGAUGAUUCCGCCCAAGAAGGACAGUGUCGUCGUCCAAGUGGUCUCCUGUGUCUUCACAUCACUUUCGAGAAAAUGGUUCAAAAGAAUGCCUAAAAGAGAUCACUGGUUGGACUACGCGGACGACAAGUUUGAUGCGACAACCAUAGCCGACAUUAAGGCUGUGAUGAGAGUACUGUUUUUAUAUCUACCACUUCCUAUCUUCUGGGCCCUCUUUGACCAACAGGGUUCUCGAUGGACACUGCAGGCCACCAAAAUGGACGGCGCUAUUGGAGGCUAUCGUCUAAAACCGGAUCAGAUCCAAGUGGUGAACCCCAUACUCAUCAUCCUGUUUAUCCCGGUGUUCGAGUACGGAGUGUACCCUCUAUUCGCCAAAUUUAAUUUCCUGAAGAAACCUCUGCAGCGAAUCGUUUGCGGCGGAGUGUUGGCUGCCGUGGCCUUCACUAUCUGCGGCUUUUUCCAGUUGACCAUUGAGUCAGAACUGCCGCCCAUUCUUAACGCCAAUGAAUUUCACUUAACUAUUGCCAACGGACUCGACACUGAGAUUACGCUGACAAACCCCGUCUUAUUCCCGGCUGAAUCCACGAAAACUAUUGGCAAAUACAAUAUUUUAGUCAAACAGAACGUCAACUCAAAGGAUUUGCCCCAAGAGCUUCUCUAUCUUGAUAUCGCAUUCACCACAACAGUAGGCCUCUGUUCGAGUACUGAACCACCGACCAAGAUCAGAUUGGACUCAAGCGUUGAAAAAGGAGGAGUACUGUACAUUACUGAAGACAUUUGUGGUGAAGACAAGGUACUACAGACAUACAAUUUUGACGGCAAAUUCGAUAUAAUGGACAAACCGGCCGACGGCGGAGCGUUAACUGCAGUUGUAUUCAAUUUUAAGGGAAUUACAGACAUUCCUGAUAAAGGUGCGAAUGUGGAGUUCCGGUUCACAAACAGUGAGUUCACUAAAGAUUUUAAGCCCAAACAUAUCAAUGACACCGGCGAACAGCAGUACAUCGGUUUCGUGCCAUACAAUGAACUGGACAUUCAUUUGGGCGGAGAAUAUACGUUGGAAUUUCUUAAAAGUCCUAAUGAUAGCCAGGUUAAGCCAGACACCAUCAAAAAGGAUCUGGAUCUGAAACAGGGUGGUUCCUAUAUAAUAGUCGCCCACUACGAUAAUGGAAAAUUUGAUGCAAACGUGCAUAAUCUGGUGACACCUAAUUCGGUGUCCAUGUUCUGGCAGAUCAUUCAGUAUCUGGUGAUCACCGCCGGAGAGAUCAUGUUCUCCAUCACCGGUUUGGAGUUCUCGUACUCUCAGGCACCGGCAAGUAUGAAGUCUGUACUACAGGCGGCCUGGCUGUUGACCGUGGCGUUUGGCAACUUGAUUAUCGUCAUCAUCUCAUCGGCCAAGAUAUUUGAGUAUCAGCAUUGGGAUAGCGGCGAUGGUCUGGCGAUGAGGGGCGCAGGCAGUGCCAGUGCCAGCAGAGGUAGUCUAGUGCUAGCACAGGUCUUUUUGUUCUGUAGUGCUGUUAGAGAGUGGUGUUCACUGAUAGAGAAGCACACAAUUCACUUAAAGGAGUGCUCGCUUCUCCUCUGGCCAUGUAUUCCCGCCCACAAUACCUCCAAUACCUGUGCUAAGAUCUCCUAUGAGUUCUUCUUUUUCGGUGGUUUAAUGGUCGCCGAUAUGAUUGUCUUUGCGAUUAUGGCGUAUUUCUACGUCCCAUACCAGCCCUUCACCGGCGGCACUGAAAACAACAUCACAUUUGACGCAAAUGAAGAGAAGAAGCCGUAUUUGAACGGAAACGCCGAUAAAGAACUGAAUGCCUCGACUGAAAGGAAUGGCAUUUCAAACGAUGCCUUCCAUGAAGAGGACACCAAAUUCUGAGAGAUCUAAACAACACAUUAUAAACACAAUAAUGAUUUUGCUAUCAAUAUGUAGAUAUUUUUUGGAUUAAUUAAUUGUCUUUCAGUUUUUAAACACUUUUUAAGAAAU